CUGUGCAAUCAGAAGACUCAAGGACUGCUUAGUUGCAUGAGUAACUAGCUAUGAAUUCUGUGUCUCUGAGUGUGGCACUAAAUGAUGGUCACUUCAUCCCUGUACUGGGGUUUGGAACCACUGUGCCUGAUAAGGUUCCUAAGGAUAAACUUAUCAAGGCUAUCAAAAUAGCUAUAGAUGCUGGGUUCCGCCAUUUUGAUUCUGCUUAUUCGUACCAAAUAGAAGAAGAAGUUGGACAGGCCAUUAGAAGCAAGAUUGCAGAUGGUACUGUGAAGAGAAAAGAUAUAUUCUAUACUUCAAAGCUUUGGGGCACUUUUCAUCGACCAGAAUUGGUUCGAUCUUGCCUGGAAAUAUCAUUGAAGAAAGCUCAAUUGGACUAUGUUGAUCUGUAUAUUAUUCAUUUCCCUACGCCUUUGCAGCCUGGAGAUGAGAUUAUACCAAAGGAUGAACAUGGAAAUGUGUUGAUAGACCCAGUGGAUCUCUGUGACACAUGGGAGGCCAUGGAGAAGUGUAAGGAUGCAGGACUGGCCAAGUCCAUUGGGGUGUCCAACUUUAACCGAAGACAGCUGGAGAUGAUCCUGAACAAACCAGGGCUCAAGUACAAGCCUGUGUGUAACCAGGUAGAAUGUCAUGUUUAUCUCAACCAGAGCAAAAUGCUGGACUACUGUAAGUCAAAAGACAUCGCUCUGGUUGCCUACUGUACACUGGGAAGUUCACGAGACCCAUUAUGGGUGGACCAAAAUAGUCCAGUUCUCUUAGAUGAUCCAGUUAUUUGUGCCAUGGCAAAAAAGUACAAGCAAACAUCAGCAUUAGUUGCCCUUCGUUACCUGUUGCAACGUGGAAUUGUAGUCCUGGCCAGGAGUUUCAAUGAGAAGAGGAUCAAAGAGUUCAUGCAGGUUUUUGAAUUCCAGUUGACUACAGAGGACAUGAAAGUCCUAGAUGGCUUGAACAGAAAUUUCAGAUACAAUUCUGCAUGUUUUUUUGAUGGACAUCCUAAUCAUCCAUUUAUUGAUGAAUAUUAACAUGGAGGCUUGUCAGAGUUCCUACCACAAGAUCUGUUUAUGCAUCAUGGUAUGAGAGAUGUCUUGGAUACUGGCGGUUGAACACAUCACUUCUUAUGAAAUCACCUUGUCUCGUCAAUUCACAGUCAGAUUUACAUUCCCAGAGUUGUGUGGAAAGUCUGUAAGACAACAUCAAGAUUUUUAGUUCAAAGAUCCUUGUGUUUUGAAAGACUGAUUUAUUUUACAUAUAUGAGUGUCUUGCCUAUGUAUGUGUACCUAGUGAAUGACCGUGUCCAUGGAGGGGAGAAGAGGGUGACAUAUCACCUGGAACUGGAGUUACAGAUGAUUGUGAGUCACCAUUUGGAUACUGGGAGCCAAAUUUGAGUCUUCUGUAAAAGCAGCAAGCCUUUAAACAUUUUGCCAUUUCUCCAGGCCCUACCCUAAAGAUUCUUGCCUGCCUGUAUUUCUGUGACUUCAAUGUUCUCUUUUCUUCUGACUCUUGACACCAACCCAACUCACCUAGAACUCUUGGGCAGGAGGCAGGAGAUGAGGACAGUCAUUUAAGAGACUUUUUUUUGGGUAACAGUUGGAAGAAUUUUCAACAUUUAUGGACAUAUCAGUGAGAGAUAAUUGAUAAUCCUCAAAUCUGUUGAGAAAGAAGAAAGUACUUUGCAGUUAGUUAUUCCACUCUUAGUUUGGAGGUGAGGCACAUGUGGCAGGGGUGACUAAGAGUCCCAGGGACCCCCUUCAUUAGCUCAAGGACCAGAGCGCCAAGAGUAAGUUCUCCCUGUGGGAAGGCUGGGAGGUUGGUAAGAAGAGAAUCAUCUAAAAGAAUCAUCGUGACUCAGACGUGGGGAGACUGAGGAGAAAGCUGAACAAGUCUCUGCUUGGGAAAUAUAUCUUUUAUAUUUUUUGAUAGGUACAUGUUACAGGUAAAAGGAAAUUCUACAUAUUUUAUCAAAGACAGAGAGCCACACUUGAUAUUUGUAUUUUCAAAGGUUUCAGCAGUUGCCUUACUGAGCUAUGGUAGGAAAAAUUAAUUCACAUGAAUGUAAAUCCCAUAUUUGUCAAAUUUUAUUGGUUUAAAAAUUGAUUUGUGAAACUUGAUCUUAUAUGUCUACAGAUAAGGAAGUUAGACUUAUAAAGUAUCUCCAAUAAAUUAAAUUGUGUUAUAAAAUUAAUAUUCAAAGGACAUAGAAUUGAUGAGAUAAAUUGUUUAAAUUUUCAAAAAUUAUUUGAAAUACUGUAUUUGAAAUAGGACAGUGUUGUAGAAAUUGAUAAAUUUUAUCAGUAUCUUUUGCACAAAGACUAUCUUAGAAAAUCAGAGAGGAAAGGUUAUAGUGUUGUGCUUACAGAAGAUCCAGAAGAAUGCAGAUGCAAAUUAAAAAAAUAUUAUUUACCAAGUUUCAAGGAUACAGUUGGAUUUGUAUAUUUCAUGAAUGAAUAUCCCAAAUAAGAAUUUUUUUCAGACAGCUUCUCACUAUAUACCCCUGGCUAGUCUGGAAUUUGCUGUGUACACAAGGCUGACCUGGAACUCAUAGAGCUAUACCCAUCCUUGACUACUUCUAGAAUGCUGAGAUUAAAGGCAUGCCACUAUAGUUAUAUAUUUGAAGUCUCUUAAACAAAAGGGAAACAUUAUCCAAAAGCAAUAAAAUUACUAGUUACCUUUUAAUAAACCUAAUGAAAUAUGAAUGAAUAACAAACUAAAAUUCUAUGAA